AUGAACAACUUCACCUCUAACAGUCCCUCUGAGAAUAACUUUGUGCAUGCGGCUAUUGCACGUAACAUCAUGCCCAACAACAAUACUGGUCUGACAUUGGUUAUGUAUACACCUACCAUGAGACCGGCAGGUAGCCAUGUUGAUGAUAAUGUGGCCGAUCCAGUUCUGGCAAUGCUGGCCAGUCUUAAUGCUCAGAUGAAGAGUCUUACAGACCAAAUUGCAAGCAUGGCCACCAGUAUCACCAAGUCCAAUGAUAUCACAACUCGUCUUCAGGAAACAGUAGCAAAUAUUGUUUCUGGUCAAACUGUUGUCCAGAAUACUGCUUCCAGAUACAAUGUUACAUCAGACAUUGAAGCGGUCACUGGUCUUUCAUCAUUGAUGGAAGAUGAUUAUGUGCCUGGAAAGAGAUAUCCAGCAAUCUCAAUAAGAUUUGAUUUGAGAAUAAUGGUCAAGACAUCUAACACUUUUCUCAUAGAAAUUGAUCAAUGGCCAGAAUGGGUCCUUAUAAGCUACUUUACAGAUGGCUAUAACCAUGGUCUUGCACUAGCUCUAACUGCAUAUUUGCAGAUCCAACCCCAAUCUGCUGGCAUACUUACAAGUGAACUUGCAUGUAUGAGACAAUUAUGCUCAUGUCCUUCAAAGGCAGCAAUGUCUGAUGGUAAGACAGACGAUGAGACAACUAGAUCAGUGGGCAGUAAACGCCUGAAGGCUCAUUACUCUAGCUGGAGAAGUGAUGAGUUUCAAACACUCUUGGAAAGUCUUGACGAUUAUGCUGUAGCAAAAGAACAGCAAAGAUCACUGAAACUUAUUCCUUGUACCAGGGUUAUGCGUGACGCGGAUGUUCCCAAUGAUUUAGGGCAAUGA